GUCCCACCGUUUAGAGACUUCAGACUCUCCCCCACUCUCUCUUCCUCCUGCAGGAUUCUCGAUCCAUUCCAAUCCCCCGUUUCCCGUUCUCUCUUCUCUCUAGUGGUGUCUUCUCUGAGGGAGGAGGCGUUUCCAUUUGCAUGGACAAGGGCCACCUCGGGGGUGGCGGAGGAGGAGGAGGGCUGGUCGCUCUGGACGCGUCGCCGCGGCCUCUCGGGUUCCUCAACUUGCUAUCGCCGGCGCCGUCGUUCCACAGGAGCAUGGAGGCGGACGACGUUGGCACCGGCGCCGGUGGCGGCGGCGGCGGCAGGGGGCGGAGGUCCGUCGAGGUGGACUUCUUCUCGGACGAGAAGAAGAACAUGAAGAAGAGCCGGGUCUCGGCCGGCGGCACCGAUGCGGAGGGGCACAAGGACGCCGGCGCCGGACUCGCCAUCAAGAAGGAGGACCUCACCAUUAACCUCCUUCCGGGGAGGAGCGACCGGUCGAUGGUGGUCGACGACGACGCGGCGUCCCGGCCCGACAACGACAAGAACGGCAGGCAAGACACCAACGAGCUCGCGGCGAUGCAGGCGGAGCUGGGCCGCAUGAACGAGGAGAACCAGCGCCUGCGGGGGAUGUUGACCCAGGUCACCAACAGCUACCAAGCGCUGCAGAUGCAUCUCGUCGCGCUCAUGCAGCAAAGGACCCAGCUACUUCCGACCCAACCGCAGCAACAACAACCGCCUCCCACUCACGAGGAUGGCAAGAUCGAGGGUGCUAUCGUGCCAAGGCAAUUCCUUGACCUGGGCCCUUCCGGCGCCGGCGCAGGCAGCGAGGUGGCCGAGGAGCCGUCCAACUCGUCCACGGAGGUCGGCAGCCCGCGCCGGUCGUCUUCCAACGGGAACGAGGACCCUGAGCGCAGCGACAACCCGGAAGGCCCGUCAACCGCGGGAUGGUUGCCGGGACGGGCAAUGAACCAGCAGCAACUGGGAGCGGCGGCCAAGGGCCACGACCAGCAAGCCCAGGAGGCCACCAUGAGGAAGGCCCGCGUCUCCGUGCGCGCGCGAUCCGAAGCCCCAAUUAUCGCCGAUGGAUGCCAGUGGAGGAAGUACGGCCAGAAGAUGGCCAAGGGAAACCCUUGUCCACGCGCGUACUACCGCUGCACCAUGGCCACCGGCUGCCCGGUGCGCAAGCAGGUCCAGCGAUGCGCCGAGGACCGGACCAUCCUGAUCACGACGUACGAGGGCACCCACAACCACCCGCUCCCGCCGGCCGCCAUGGCGAUGGCGUCCACCACGUCGGCCGCCGCGUCCAUGCUGCUCUCGGGCUCCAUGCCCAGCGCCGACGGCAGCGCGGGCCUCAUGAGCUCCAACUUCCUCGCGCGCACCGUGCUGCCGUGCUCCUCCAGCAUGGCCACCAUCUCGGCGUCCGCGCCGUUCCCGACGGUCACGCUCGACCUCACCCACGCUCCGCCCGGCGCGCCCAACGCCAUGCCGCUCAGCGCGCUGCGGCCGCCGGCGCCGGCCCCCGGGCAGUUCCAGGUGCCGUUGCCCGGCGCCGGCGGCGGGAUGGCCGGGCCGACAUUCGCGAUGCCGCAGCAGAUGCUGUACAACCAGUCCAAGUUCUCCGGCUUGCACAUGUCGUCGUCUUCCGACACCGCGGAGUUCGCGCAGCCGAGGCCGCAGAUGGGCCAGCUCUCCGACACCGUCAGUGCGGCGGCUGCGGCGAUCACCGCUGACCCAAACUUCACGGUGGCGCUGGCCGCGGCCAUCACGUCCAUCAUUGGCGGCCAACACGCGGCCGCCGCUGCCGGCAACAACAACGGAAGUAACAACAACGUCACGACCACCAGCAACAACACCACCACCACCACCAGCAACAACACCAACAGCGAGACCCAAUGAUCAAUCAGUUUCUUCAAUUCACCCAGCUGAUCGGUGAUGAGUUCAGAAUUCAGAUAGGUUCCAAGUUAUACAUGCCUGCUUCGAUUCCUCUUCUUUGUUCAGGAUUAGGUUCUUGAGAUGUUUCUUUGGUUUUUGUUACCCUCCGGGACAGGUCCGGGCUCGACCAUGGACGAUAUACAGUCACUUCUUUCUUUUCUUAUUUUUGCGGCGACAAAAAGUUGUAUUAGUUCAUCGCUUCUCUUUUCUACCGCGAACAGCUGUUGAUAUUUCACUGUAAUAAGUAUAAUAAUACCGUCUCCCCAAGAAAUUUUGAUGCUCGA